AUGUUCUAUCUGCCGUGGAAAUGGCAUAAAUCCACAGCCAUCCCACGACCCCCACCGCAGUACAGUAACACCCCCCCUCAUGUUGCAUCAGUAUCUCAGCCGAAGAAGUUCGAUGAAUGGGGUAUAAACACACAGAUAACCGAAGAAUCAAACAUUCGCAUACCUUUCUCUAAAUUGGACCUGCAGAAAUCACACAUUCAAUGCGGAAUUCGUGCGACUAAUAUGCUCAACAGCGCUUUGAAUGUCAACCAUGUCAUCAACAUGCACAUCGUUGACGAUGUGGCCACUAUCUGGUGGUAUGAUCGCCAGGGUAUCAUCCGCUCUCAGGCAAUGAACUUUAUACAAGAUCUACCGCGUUUUUCGGUCCUUCUUCUCACUUUUCAGAGAUUCACCCUCGAGGACUGGGGCAUCGAUGCAGUUCUCAAUCGCAAGGCUCACAAAUUCUACGAUGCUGCCACAUGA